AUGAGGGUGACCGGUCAGUUGAAUACGGUAUUGCCAUACUACCUGUACUGUGACUUUUCUGCCUUCCAGUAUGUCCGUACAGCCAACGGAGUAAACCUUGCAUCAAACCAGCGCUACUGGCUUGCCAGAAGAUCUCCACCAGGUGUCACCGUAAAGAUUAAGGCGUCUUCAAGUGAAGAUUUAUGUACCGGGGGAAGUGAUGGCGGCCUAGAUGGCUUUGCCAGUCUGAGCAAUCAAGUAAUUGUGCUUUGUGACAGCAUCUGGGAGCUGGAGCCGGAGCGAAUGAAGACUAUUGGAUCCAGUCUUUAUCACGAGAUCACUCAUCUGCGACUAGGAACUGAGGACGAUGCCUAUACGUUCAGUGACUGUCUUUACAUUGCUCGACAAAGUUUUGACACGGCUAGGGAUAAUGCUAACUCUAUGAUGUGGUUUGCUAUCGCAUCGCUGUAUAACAGGAAUAGGUGGUAUACCGGAAGGGCAGCGCCAAUCAGGUAA